GUGAUCUGUGUUAUCCAUCGCAGUUAGCACAGAUCAGACAAAUAGCGGCUAGCAUCUCAUUUUAGUUUGUGAAUUAGUAUUUUUUCAAUAAACUUUCAUAAAGCUUUUUAAAAAUUAUACAGUUAUUCUCUAGUUUAUUCGAACUAUAAUUGAAUACCUCAUCAAAAUUUGUAAUUUUUAGCCUAGCUACAAAUGUCUACUGAUUUUUAUAUAAGAUACUACGUGGGACAUAAAGGGAAAUUUGGUCAUGAAUUUCUUGAAUUUGAGUUCCGUCCCGAUGGAAAGUUGCGGUAUGCUAAUAAUUCUAACUAUAAAAAUGACACAAUGAUUCGAAAAGAAGCUUAUGCACAUCCCUGUGUCAUGGAAGAGUUAAAAAGAAUUAUAAUGGAUUCAGAAAUUAUGCAUGAAGAUGACCGUCUGUGGCCACAGCCGGACCGUGUUGGGAGACAAGAAUUGGAAAUAGUAAUUGGUGAAGAACAUAUUUCCUUCACAACUUCAAAGACUGGAUCAUUGGUGGAUGUAAACCAGUCCCGUGAUCCUGAGGGACUCCGCUGUUUUUACUAUUUAGUUCAGGAUCUUAAAUGUCUUGUGUUCUCUUUAAUUGGUCUUCACUUUAAGAUUAAGCCUAUAUAAUGUACUAAGUAAAUAAUAAAGUUUGAUA